AUGGAAACGGACUCUCACUCGAUGUCGCAAGUACAACAGUAUGCACAAGCUCCUCGGCCAACACAAACACAACACUCGCCAGCUCGUCAACCAAGUAGCUGGGCAGAAAGUUUUUCCGCAUUGAAUGUGUUAAGAGAUGAGUAUACAGCUGGCGGGGGAGUAAAGUCUUCCUCGCCAACUGGUUCUAGCCAAGUUGGCAGUUCCAAUAUGAACAGUGAUGUAUCUGGAAACAGCCCGUCUUUGACUGUACUUACCUCUUUUAUAUCACCAAACAAAUCCAACCACUGGCGUUUCUCAACAAUCAACCGUCUCUAUAGCUGCCGGACCACCAAACCUGCCAUUACAAAAUCCCAGUAUGUUCUAAGGACAAAAGGAAGACAAUAUAUUACCUAG